AUGGCGUCGCAAGGCGGCGAUCCGCCGUCGCAAGGCGACGAGCGGCCGUCGGACGAGGCGAUCUUAGCGCAGCAGAAUGCGAUGCGGGAAGAGGAAGCACAGCGGUACCCGCUCGUCGGGGAGAAGGAGCCGUUGUCGGCAUUGGCGUCGGAAUACGCAGCGGGAAGCACCGCGUUCCAAGACAAGAUCGAGCACCUUGCAUCCGAGUACGAGGCCAUCAGGCGGACACGAGGGGAUGGAAACUGCUUCUUCCGCUGCUUCCUCUUCGCGCUCCUGGAGCAUCUGUUACAAGGCGGCAGCAAGGAGGAGUGCGAGCAAGUGAGGGAGCGAGUGGCGCGCAGUGAGCAGAGGCUGAGAGACCUUGGGUAUACCGAGUUCACGUGGGAAGACUUUGCCGCUGAGUAUCGGGAGCUUCUAGAUGCCGUGGACCCAUCGAGUGCAGCGGAGAAGAUCACGGUUGAUGGCCUGUUGAAGCGCUGUCAAGACCCAGACUGCUCCAACUAUGUGGUCAUGUUUCUGCGCUUCAUCACAUCUGCUGACAUCCAGCACCGGGCGGACUUCUUCCAUCCCUUCCUGCCUGAUGCUGUGGCCGGCAUGAGCGCGCCAAAGGAGGCAGCCAAACAGUUCUGUCACAAGGCAGUGGAACCAAUGGGGGAGGAGAGCGACCACGUGCACAUCACAGCCAUCACAGAUGCCCUCGCCGUACCCAUCCGGAUCGUUUACCUGGACCGCAGCGCCGGGCAGGCAAAUUUUCACGAAUUUCUACCCGAGGAGAGUGUACGGGCAACCCCUGCAAUGACGCUGCUGUAUCGACCAGGGCACUAUGACAUUCUGUACCCAAAACAGAAAUGA